AUGGUGGUUUACGACACAAGUACGGUUCAGUUUGACUUACUAGAAUCCUUGUGUUUUUCAAAUAUUUCAGAGUUGAGAUUCGAAACAAAGACGUUCAUGAAAAGCUUGAAAAAUGUUAAAGAGUUGAAGAUUAGUGGCUGUGAGGAGCUAACAUGUUCCUUUCAGAAUGAGGAUAGAUUACUGCAACACUUGAUUUCUGUUGGUCGUUUGUAUAUUGAAGACAACUCUGGCCUUGUUGAAAAGCUAGGGAAAGAAGCAGAGCAGUUGGUGCAGUUGCAAAUACUGGAUUGCAAGCUUGAAUGUCUGGAAUUAAGCAAGUGUGGAAGCCUUUUGAAGGUACCAGAAGGAUUGCAUAACCUUACAUCUCUUCAAAAGCUUUGUAUAAAUCAAUGUUCAAGUCUUGUUUCUUUUCCGGAUGUUGGUCUGCCACCCUGUCUUAAAGUCAUAGAGAUUCGGAAAUGCGAUUCUCUGUUGCACUUUGCAAAAUACCAGAUUCCUCCAAGCUUAAGAAGAAUAGAGAUUCAGGAAUGUGAGAAUUUGAAAUCAUUGAUAGAGAAAGAGGAGGUGGUGGUGGAUGAUUCUUGUUCGUAUUGUCUUGAGUAUUUGCAGAUAUGGAAAUGUCCAUCUCUGUUGUUCUUAUUAUGUAAAAGCCAAUUACCCAUGGCUCUUAAAGAGCUUAAGAUAUGGGAUUGUAGACAGCUGGAGUUAAUAACCGAGAGGUUCCUCGAUGACACCUAUCAACUCGAAGAACUUGGCAUCAUGCACUGCCCAAACCUUAAAUCCUUACCUGAGGGACUGUGCCACCUCACCAAUCUUCAGACAUUUUAUAUUGUGGAUUGUCAGAGUCUUGUUUCGUUGCCGAGAAUGAGUGUGUGGCCAAGAGAGACGAGUAUCGAAUCUUGUGAGAAAUUGGAGGUAGCACACUUGCUGAGAGACAUGAUGCACUCUAAUAAUAUUGAGAUAUUGAGUAUUGAAUACUGUGAAGGUUUAACUACUACUUCCUUUCCCCCCAACCUGACAAUACUUGAUAUUCGGAAGAUCAAGAAUUGUAAGGUGCUGAUGGAAUCUCAAGGGUUUCACAGACUCACCUCUUUGAGAAUAUUGUGGAUCUAUGGUGAAGAUGAUCCAGGUCUGGUGUCGUUUCCACCUGCUGAGAGUUCAAAGGAGAAGGAGAUGCUGCUCCCCAGAUCUCUUGUUGAAUUGGCAAUUCUAAACUUCCCAAAUCUAAAGAAACUGAACAAGGGCUUUCAAUUCCUCACCUCUCUUAAAUGGCUUCGCAUCCACAACUGUCCGAAGCUUACAACCAUUCCAAAGGAGGGACUGCCUCUUUCACUUACUCAACUUUAUAUUCAUGAGUGUCCUCUACUUGAAGAGAGAUGCAAAGGACGAUACCAGCCCAAGAUAGCAUACAUCCCUUGUGUACAAAUUAGGUAG